AUGGGGUGGUUACUCGACAGUCUGGGCGGCAAGAGAUCAAAGGUCAUACAUGCAAUGGUGACGCACGAGACAUACGUCGCUGUGAAGAUUUCUAUUGCAGAAAAGGAAUAUAACAGGGAGAACACGAGAGCUCCAGACUAUGAAGGAACUGGCAUCUUAUCACGCGAGUCUGACGCAUGUGGUGCAGUUGCUCGAUGA